AUGACACAAUUUAAGGCAGACCACUUUGCUGCAUCCGCAAAUCAGGCAUGUCUGCCUCCCAUCUCCAUGGACUCGUCGCUUGCUGUACCCCUCUCUAGCCUUGAAUAUGUCCAUGAGCAAUUGGGAGGAGGGUGCCGCCAAUCAUUACCUCCUGAGUUGACCCCCACAAGGCUCAGGAGUAGAAUCAGAGCUACUUCAUGGGAUGCUGGUAUUGUGAAGGAGGCAUCUAUUCGCCGAGCCCAUCAGCAACCUUCAAGACACUCUCCUGCCCCCUCAGGACACUCUCCUCCCCUAUCAGGAGCUGCGACUUCUAGCUCUUUUCUCGACGACGGUCCCACGAGCAUCGACACGUCAUCUCUGCCGAUGCCACUUCCAUGCAGUCGUCAAGGUUUGCCCUAUCUUGGCGAACCUAUUCUGCGACUUCCUUCUCAUCCGGCCAGCGACCACGACACAGCAUCACUCACCCUCUCUGCUCUGAAUGAGCAGCAUUCCUCUCCCUCGGGAGGUGAUCGCAAUUCGCAAGAACCUGCACAGAUUCAAGACAUGUUUUACGGUCAUAGCAUGAAUGCGCAGCCCGCCUGGAUAGGCCCAAAUAAACCCCACCCCUUUGAUUCCAUGGCCAAUGGUGUCAAAAAUUUGCCAUCCCACUCCCACAAUCCGACCCUAUGUGACGCGUCCCGACUCGUACCUCCCCUGUAUGUAAUACCUCCAACACCGUCCAAAGAUAUCCAUGACGGCAUUGAUCAGUCUGCUCCGAAAGCAGCCAUUCCCCAGCUUGACCUCAGCUACUACCCUGAUGAUGGGUCUAGUCAUUCGUGUUUCCCAGAAGAAAGCGUGUUUGAUGAUAACGCAAAUUCGCAGAAACCAUCCCUGAUGGGACGGAGGUCGUUGGAGAUGAACACACUUUUGGAAGAAGGUUUUGCAGGGAUUGAACGUGCUUUCGAUGAUUUAUCUCUGUCGACUACAUAUCCACUUCAACAGCUCACUAAUAUGUUUCUCAAGAGUCGUGGGCGAGCAGUUCAUGGGAUUAAUUACUGGAACAUAUACGCGAAUUACUUCAAGGAGAACAUGGACAAAGAAGUGGCGCAUGUAACGGAGGAUGACGUGAAUGACGCCAAAGGCAAAGGAAAAGGAAAAGAGGUUUGUAGGCCAGAUAUGCAGGGCACGCCGAGCACGAGGCUGCGAACACGCUGCUAUGAAAAAUUCAAGGACACCUUCCCAGAUGCGUACCAGGAUAUUCUCGACAUGUUUGAUGAAGCUGCUGUGCUAGGUGCUGCUACCCAAACCGUCUCUCAACGUGGACAAUCGUUCCAGAGGCUCUGUAAAAAAGUGACAGGCAUAUUAGAUUCCUCAGCCGCCAGAUUCGGUUUUGAGGCCGCUGUCGUGCUGUGUGGAAAAAUAGUGAACCAAGAUGCAUCACUCGGUCAUGUACACACCACACCCGGUGCUGGAGGGUUUUUUGAGACACGAUGUCGUGCCAACGACGACACAAUCAUCGCUCACAUCAAACCCCAUGUAUUUAACGCUGCCUCGUUAUCAGCAGUUGAAGCAUCCUUCAAUGUUGACGAUGACAACCAGGGUAUAGAAUCAUCGUUGAGGGAUGACACCUCGGACGUUCAAAUUGUAGAAGGGCAAGAGGUUGCACUAAAGUGGUUGAAGUGCGAGCUCACCAGACAAGUUGAGUGCUGCGGCGGCAAAUUCGCGUCUGACAAAAACUUUCCUUGGAAGCUCAUGCCGAACGCCCUCGCCGAUGACCGGCUUCGCAUCACUGGUUAUCCUGCACACAAGUGCUUGUUACUGGGUGAAUACCAUAGCAAUACGUCGAAGAGCAAGGCCAUUGGAGGGCUGAUGCACAAGGAGAUCUCUGCACUUGUAGAUGCCCUGAAGGCAGGAAUAAUGGUCGUCGUUAACGUACCCGCAAAGCUUCAGGCCGCUCUCAUUGCCUCCGAGGUGCCUGUUAUCGUUGGCGAAGCGCCUCCAUCUGACUAUCUGCACCCUGGUGCCCGCCGCAUGUUCGCAGAUGCGACCAGGGUCAAGAAGGCACAGAUAGGUCACAAUGCCAGACCGUCUUCUCACGAUGAGGUCCCUUCCUCGCGCCCAUUUGUCGUGGUCACAAAACCUCCACCACACCCAGCACCUCCUCCCUCGCGUCCAUUUGUUAUGGCCACCAAGCCUGUCAUGCUUGACGUAAUCUCCUUUUCGACCUCUGACUCUGAGGAGGCGCCACUAAAAAAUGGUAAGGGCAAAAAGAGGAAGUUAAAAUUGCCGGCAGCAUCUCGAACAGCGAAGAGGCAUGCACCAUCUGCAGUAAAUGAUAAGAAAGGAGAGACGAGGGGUGGGCCAUUAUCGCCUCUGACUGUUAGAUCUUCAAGUGAUGAGCCGCUCACACCGGCAGCUCAACCUGCUAAGAGGCUCCGGGACGGCCCCGUCAAUCGUUCUCACUAUGUGGAGGGCUGCGCACCUCGGAAGUUGUACCACAAGGUUGACUCGGAAGGUGCUUAUGAUACCAACAAGAAGGAUCCCGCUAUCGAGCUUGCUGUAAACACUCCUGCACGCCCCGUAAUGGUUGCUCCAACUUCAGAUGACCCAUCCGUGCUCACCCAUACAUCGCAGACAGAGCCUUUGAACACCGUGGUUGACCAGGUUGGUCCAGCCAGUCCACAUACUGCAGAGCAGCAGUCACCCCGGCCUAUGGCGUCUCAGAAUCCUCUGCGGAGCGACCCUCGUGAUCCUUUGGACUCGCGCGAGCUUCUCCGUCUUCGCGACCACCCUCAUCGUCAUUACUCCCGUGAACCGCGGAAUGUGACGUAUAACCGAAGGGAGGCUCCAGGCCUCACGCCCCCGGAAGUUCAUGAUGCAUAUGGAUCAUAUGUUUCUGGGUUUGCUCCGUGGAAUGAUGUUGACGACCGUCAGCAUUUCACUCCUUAUUCCAACAAUCCCUUACGCCCGUGGGGCUACCGUGAUCGGUACGGUCAAUGGAGGAGGUAUCCAGACACGCAGCAGAUGGUUCAUGAUGGUGAAUUUGGCGACUACUCACGCGAAGCUCUGGCGCCACGAAUGUAUCCGUUUGAAGACCACCGUGCAACCCGUACUGAUGACAAUCAUGAUGGCAACUCGAUGAUGCAUGAACACUCUCCAAACGUCCAGCCUGGACCAUCUUCAUUUUGA